GUCUUCCUGAUCAGCCUCGUUCCAUCUUCCUGAAGUUAGACAGUUUUUAAUAAAUUACCCUCAUAGAAAAGAAUUGCUGUAUUUUUAAACAGCAACAGAAGUGAAUCAACUGCUCAGCCAAGGACAAGACACCAAAGAUGGCCAAUGAAGCGAGGCCUUGCCCAUGUGACAUUGGAGACAGGUUUGAGUAUGGGGGCCUUGGGCAUGAAGUGCAAGUUGAGCACAUCAGGGCGUAUGUUUGCAAACCAUCCACCAGCACAGAAAAAGCUGUGAUUGUGGUUCAAGAUAUAUUUGGAUGGCAACUCCCAAAUACCAGAUACAUGACUGAUAUGCUUGCAGCUAAUGGAUACAUAGCCAUCUGCCCAGACUUCUUUGUGGGACAAAAACCUUGAGAACCUUCUGAUGACUGGUCCACCUUUAAUGACUGGCUGAAAACUCGAGAUGCCAGCAAGAUAGACAGGGAAGCUGAUGUUGUCUUGAAGUAUCUAAAGGAGCAAUGUAAUGCAAAGAAAAUCGGUGUCAUUGGAUUUUGCUGGGGUGGAAUGGCUGUACAUCACCUGAUGCUGAAAAAUCCUGAAUUAAAAAUUGGGGUGGCCAUGUAUGGAGUAAUUAAGUACUUUGAGGAUAGAUACAGUUUGCUCCACCCCACAUUCUUCAUUUUUGGUGAAAAUGAUGAUUUCAUCCCUUUUGAACAAGUCACCUUACUGGAGCAGAAAUUAAAACACUGUAAAGUUGAUUACAGAGUUAAAAUUUACCCUGGACAAACUCACGGUUUUGUACAUCGCAAGAGAGAAAAUAUGAACCCUCAAGAUAAACCUUACAUUGAAGAAGCAAGAAAGGACAUGCUCAGCUGGCUAAAUAAAUAUCUUUAACAAAAGCAUACUGCUAGAGCUGUAAAACACGGUCCAAUAAUUUGUUGA